CUGAGAUAAAAACCCUUCCCCGAGGGUGCCCGUCUCCCCCCGGGGCAGGGUGAGACCCAGACGGGGCAGCGGCUGCAGGGAAGCUCCUCGGGAAUUCACAGCAGGUUCCAGGGAUUUGGGCUCCUUCCUCCCGGCAGGUCCAUGUCCAUGGAGCACCUGGUGCUGGGAUUGGUGCUGCUGGCUGGGACCCUGGCCGCCGGCAACCCCCUGAACAUCAAGGCCGUCGAGGAGAAGGUGCUGGACAUGGCCCCCACCACCUUCGACGACCAGUACAGGGGCUGCAGCCGCAUGAUGGAGAAGGAGCUGGUGGAGCUCAACCGCACCGAGUUCACCAACAACAGUGUCUACGCCGAGUCCUGGACCAAGGCUGCUGCCGAAUGGCGGAACCGGGGGGCUCGUGUCCCCCAGCCACCGGCGCUGCGGACGGAGCAUGCGGUGGCCCUCCUGGCGUACACCCUGCAUGGAGGGUUUUACCAGACCUUCAACGGGGCCGUGCGUGAGGCCGGGCGCUCCCGCAGGGAAUACCUGGACAAAUUCCAGUUCAAGGUGCUGCAUUUCCUCAUGACCCAGGCCCUGAACAUCCUGCAGAACGCCCAGUCCCGCCGCUGCCACCAGGUCUACCGGGGUGUCCAGGGCAUCCGCUUCACCGCCCGGCGCCAAGAUCUCGUCCGCUUCGGCCAAUUCACCUCCACCUCCCUCCGGAACAAGAGUGCCCUGGACUUUGGGCAGGACACCUUCUUCUCGGUCUACACCUGCUACGGCGUCCCCAUCAGGAACUUCUCCUUCUACUCUGACGAGGAUGAGGUCCUCAUCCCACCCUUUGAGAGAUUCAAGGUCACCAACAUCACC